UUAGAAAAGCUGACAAUAAGUUGUUUUGUGGAAAUGUAGCGCUGUUCUUGUGUAUGGGUAUAAAAACUCGCAUGUCACUGCCUUAACGACCUCCAAAGCGUCGCGACCGUCUUGUCACACACCACCAGUUUUUUGUGAUUUUUUGCGCCAGCAAAACGAAUUAAUUAGCAAUCAACAAACAAAUCUUACAGCCAGCAGAAAAAAAAACAAUUGCCAAAAUGAAACAACGUUCUGAAAAGUUAAAAGCAACAUACUGAGUUGACGAAGUUGUAAGUCAGCCGAGCGCCAACUAGCAGCAAUGUUCUUUAAACUGAGCCUGUGCCCGUUAUCGCACCGCAUUUAGCGUCAGAACGUGUGACGAAGUGGUUGCCUGCUUUCGACUUUUGGCCGCUGGAAUGGCUUGAACGUUGCUUUGCUAAACUCGUUGCUUAAUCGUAAUAGCGCGCAAUCGAUUCGCUCUUACAUAAAUCAGGCAGGAGCACAAGGGCCAGCCUGAUGUGCUGACGGAAAGAUUUGUGUGGACUUACAGUGCAUUUAGGUUAAUGUGAUAAGAGUUAUUUAGUGCCCAAAAAGAUAAACAAAUAAUUGUUGAAAGCAAAGUACUCCACUGGCUUACAAACGGUGUUAAUUUUUUUAUUUAUUUUUUUUUUUAAUAAAAUUAAAAAUAAACCAAAAUGUCAACAAAUUUAACCGUGUUUAUAUUUGUAUUCACGAUUCUUUGUGCAUUGGCGCAUUCGAAAUUCUCCUAUGAACGCGGCAGUUGUGAUAUUUUAGUAUCGAGCGCUGUACGCGAGAUUUUAAUGAAUGAAAUGCGCGCACAGCUGGAUCCUUCGUGGCGUGCGUCGCGCAUUAAACACGUACGUUACGAGCUCUACACGCCACAGAAUCCAUAUAAGGCGCAAGUGUUGCUGCCAGGCGAUGCUGAUGUGCUGCGUGCGUCAUACUUCAAUACAAAAUGGCCGGUUAGAAUCUCCAUACACGGUUGGACCGGCAGGAGCACCUCCUGUUCGAAUGCAGCCAUCAAGGAUCUUACUUAGCGGCGGGCAAUUUCAAGUAAUAAGCUUGAUUGGAGUGCCAUAUCGAUGGACAUUAGCUAUGGACCAUUAGCCGUCUUGUCAGAGAUCGC